CCCGACCCCAUCCCCGCCCUGGAUGGGACUAUGCCUGUGCAGGGGUCCCAGGGGAGGCUGCUGGGCUCCCUCAACGCCACCCCCACACCCCCCCUUGACCUGGGGCCGGCCUCCAAUCAGACGGGCCCCUGGUGCCUGGAGGUGUCCAUCCCAGAUGGCCUCUUCCUCAGCCUGGGGCUGGUGAGCUUGCUGGAGAACGUGCUGGUGGUGGUCGCCAUCGCCAAGAACCGGAACCUGCACUCGCCCAUGUACUGCUUCAUCUGCUGCCUGGCCCUGUCUGACCUGCUGGUGAGCGUCAGCAACGUGCUGGAGACAGCCGUCAUACUGCUGCUGGAGGCGGGUGUGCUGGCGGCCCGGGCCUCCGUGGUGCAGCAGCUGGACAACGCCAUCGAUGUGCUCAUCUAUGGCUCCAUGGUGUCCAGCCUCUGCUUUCUGGGUGCCAUCGCUGUAGACCGCUACAUCUCCAUCUUCUACGCGCUGCGCUACCACAGCAUCGUGACGCUGCCCCGGGCACGUCGGGCUGUCGCAGCCAUCUGGGUGGCCAGUGUCCUCGCCAGCACCCUCUUCAUCGCCUUCUACGACCAUGCGGCUGUCCUGCUCUGCCUUGUGGUCUUCUUCCUGGCUAUGCUAGUGCUCAUGGCUGUGCUGUACAUCCACAUGCUGGCCCGGGCCUGCCAGCAUGCCCAGGGCAUCGCCCGGCUUCACAAGAGGCCACGUCCAGCCCGCCAGGGCUUCUGCCUUAAGGGCGCCGCUACCCUCACCAUCCUGCUGGGCAUCUUCUUCCUCUGCUGGGGCCCCUUCUUCCUGCACCUCACACUCAUCGCCCUCUGCCCCCAGCACCCGACCUGCAGCUGCGUCUUCAAGAACUUCAACCUCUUCCUCGCCCUCAUCAUCUGCAACGCCAUCGUGGACCCCCUCAUCUAUGCCUUCCGCAGCCAGGAGCUCCGCAAGACGCUCCGGGAAGUGCUGCUGUGCUCCUGGACCUGUGCCCUCAUCGGCUGGGACAAGCUCCAUCGAAGAAUCGAGGAGUGCUGCGCCUGCAAUGGCCUCACAGAAGGGGCUUUCCCUCCACCCACCCAGGCCUUUCGAGCCCUGCCCGGAGGCGUCUUUCUUCUCAGCGGGUUCGGGCCCUGCUUUUUCCCUUCCCCCAGCCCAAGGGGCCCAGCAACGCUCAGCGUACCUCGACUGCCACAGGACAGGAAGCUCGAGGACGGGGCCCCACCCUGCUCCUUUGUUGGAGGGGUUGGGCCUGGAUUCGGGGUGACCUUGGUCCGGGACUGGACUCCCCAUCAGCGCGGCAGCGUCUGGGGAAGCCCCCGCGGGGUGGACCGCGCCCAUCGGGGUCUGCAGCUGGGGACUGGACGUGGGAACAAAGCCGGGCUCUGGGGUGUGGAGGCUGCAUCCCGGAGGCCCCUCCCUCCAUUGUUAGGACCCCUCACAGAGGAGGCUGAGGCGGAAGGGACGUCGGUGCUCCGAGUCUGUUCCCUGGGACCCUCUGCACGGCGCGCGGUCAGCACCAUGGACAGCGCCCGCCGUUCCUGCAGCCCCAAGACCCGGCAGCGGGCCCGAAACCCGAGCCUGGGCCUGGACCCGCCUGUCAUCGGCAGCUCUCUCUUCUGUAGGUUCUGGGAGGUCAUCAGUGAUGAGCAUGGCAUCGACCCCAGUGGCAACUAUGUCGGGGACUCGGACCUGCAGCUGGAGCGGAUCAGUGUCUACUACAACGAGGCCUCCUCUCACAAGUAUGUGCCUCGGGCCAUCCUGGUGGACUUGGAGCCUGGGACUAUGGACAGCGUCCGGUCGGGAGCCUUUGGGCAUCUCUUCAGGCCUGACAACUUCAUCUUCGGUCAGAGUGGGGCUGGCAACAACUGGGCCAAGGGACACUACACAGAGGGCGCGGAGCUGGUGGACUCAGUCCUGGACGUCGUGCGGAAGGAGUGUGAGAACUGCGACUGCCUGCAGGGCUUCCAGCUGACCCACUCGCUGGGCGGGGGCACGGGCUCGGGCAUGGGCACGCUGCUCAUCAGCAAGGUGCGUGAGGAGUACCCCGACCGCAUCAUGAACACCUUCAGCGUGGUGCCCUCACCCAAGGUGUCGGACACCGUGGUGGAGCCCUACAACGCCACGCUGUCCAUCCACCAGCUGGUGGAGAACACAGACGAGACCUACUGCAUUGACAACGAGGCACUCUAUGACAUCUGCUUCCGCACCCUCAAGCUGGCCACGCCCACCUACGGGGACCUCAACCACCUGGUGUCGGCCACCAUGAGCGGGGUCACCACCUCCCUGCGCUUCCCGGGCCAGCUCAACGCCGACCUGCGCAAGCUGGCCGUGAACAUGGUGCCCUUUCCCCGCCUGCACUUCUUCAUGCCGGGCUUCGCCCCACUCACAGCUCGGGGCAGCCAGCAGUAUCGGGCCCUGACGGUGCCCGAGCUCACCCAGCAGAUGUUCGACGCCAAGAACAUGAUGGCUGCCUGUGACCCGCGCCACGGCCGCUACCUCACGGUGGCCACUGUCUUCCGGGGUCGCAUGUCCAUGAAGGAAGUGGACGAGCAGAUGUUGGCCAUCCAGAGCAAGAACAGCAGCUACUUCGUGGAGUGGAUCCCCAACAACGUCAAGGUGGCCGUGUGUGACAUCCCGCCCCGUGGCCUCAAGAUGUCCUCCACCUUCAUUGGCAACAGCACGGCCAUCCAGGAGCUGUUCAAGCGCAUCUCGGAGCAGUUCACGGCCAUGUUCCGGCGCAAGGCCUUCCUGCACUGGUACACAGGUGAGGGCAUGGACGAGAUGGAGUUCACCGAGGCCGAGAGCAACAUGAAUGACCUGGUGUCUGAGUAUCAGCAGUACCAGGACGCCACGGCCGAGGAAGAGGGCGAGAUGUAUGAGGACGACGAGGAGGAGUCUGAGGCCCAGGGUCCCAAGUGAAGCCAAUGCUGGCGUGUGGGGCCAGGUGGCGGCCGGGGCCCCUCCAGUGGUGUCUGACCCCCGGAGCCAUCUCGCUGCCGCCGCCGCCCCAGCUUUGCUCCCUGCCAGCUGGUCCCUCACCCUGGGGCUCCCAAGUCAUUGUCCCUCAGUAUUUAUGGCCUUCCCCACCCCACAGGAGCCCAUGCGGCUCUGUCUUCCCCACCAUAGGCCAUCUCCGGUUGUGUCGCUUGUUUGUCUCUUUGUUUGAUUGUGGCUCCAGGCCUGACGUUUUAUGCUUUGUUUUUUUACUGGUUUGUGUUUAUAUUUUGGGGGAUACUUAAUAAAUCUAUUGCUGUCAGAUA